UGGCCACCUAUAUAUAAUCGUGCGUGAUUUGAACGUGACAACUUGUACGCCAGUAAUCGUGAACGAGAACGUAUCCGAUCGGGUCUAUAACAUACAUAAUAUAAUAUUAUAUUAAAUAUAUAAAUAUCUACGUGACUCCGCACGAUACCAGCCGCAAAAAUGAAAACCUCAGUUGCUAUUCUUUUGACCAUUAUCUCGAUGGCUGCUGCUACUCCUCUGUUCUUCGGACCAAAACAUCACGAACACCAUGUUAUCCACGUACCAUACCAUGUACACAAAGUACCAGUUUACAUCAAAGAACCCGUGUACAUUCACAAGCCCGUCUAUGUAUACAAGACAGUCGAUCACUACCACCACGAUGACCAUUAUGACCACCACGAUGAUCAUUAUGACAGUCAUUGGUAUUGAAAAGACUAAUAAUAAUAAUUUUUAAAAGUUAAAAACGUUCAAAAAUUCAAGAUCUACAGUUUAUUUUUGUAAUAUAAUUAUAAUAUAAGUCGUGAACCGUAAACAUAAAUCUCUUUUUUACCAUGUAAAAUAAUAUUUAUUGUUAUUAUUUCUCUCAAUUAUUUACCUCAUUGUUUUGUUUAGUUUAUUCAAUGUAGUGCUUAAAAAUAUGUUGUUUUUCUGCUCGACAUAAAAACCAUUUUGCUUUUAUUUCAUUGUUGGCUAUUGUGUCUUAUUAAAAUUAAAAAUUAAAAUGAUUGCCUAUUUUUAAACACAA